CGGGAGCGGGGCCGAGCCCGCCCCAGUGCCCGCCGCUGCCCGCACCAUGCCGGGGCUCCGCGCCUCACCGCCCGCCUUCCUGCUGCUCCUCGCGCUCGCCUUCCCCCGGGGCAGCCUCGCCGUGCAGGAGCUGGAGCCCGGCAGCCGCUCGGCCGCGGCGGCGGCGCGGGUGGCCCUGCAGUACCGCAACUUCCAGACGGGAUCCCUCGGCGGGCUCAGGGCGCUCGGGCAGGUCCGCAAGGCUACGCUGAAGAACAUCCCAGAGUCUGGCCACAAGUAUUACCUGCAGUUCAGCACUGAGGACUACAGGACUGGGGAAGAUGCUGGGAACUGCCUGGCUACAGUGCUCUUUCCAAAGAAAAAGUCCCGUCCUGUUGUCAGCAUCAAGUGCUCCCACACCAAAGACCAGAAGGAAAUCCAAGAAGAAGACAACAGAUUUUACCAAAGGAUCAGGCACCAAAGCAAAUCCAUAACUGCAAACAACAUUCCAGACAGCUAUGGCAACAUUGAGCCUGCCCUGGAGCCAGUGUGGGCUCUGGCUGUGGCUGGCAGCAGCUCCAUCAUGUGGGAAAAGUCCACGGAGACCUUGGGAUACUUCCUGGCCCAAGUGAAGUCCGCGAGGCAGUGGAUCAGGAAAGACGAUUUUAUUGAGUUUGACUACACUGUGCUCCUGCAUGAAAUCCCAACCCAGGAAAUCAUUUCCUGCCACAUGCGCCUGAUGUGGCUCCCCGGGCAGCCUCUGAAAGUGAAACAUUUCUGUGCUCCCGAGGCCCACGGGGCAGACCAGGGAUCCGGGGCAGAGUCUGGAUCAGCUGCUGGGCCUUCAGCUGAAAAGGGAGCCAGUUUCUAAGUGAAAUCCUCAGUUUUGUGGAUAUGGAUCCAGUCAGCAAACCCUUGUGUUGACAGACCUGGACCUGGCAUUGUCCUUCCAUGCAAGUCAGUGAUUGGGAGUGGUUUCACUGAUUGUUCUGUGCCAAAAUUAAUUCCUGUCACUUCUUCAACAGCGAGAUUCAAGUUCUGCAGCUCUGCCUGAACCCUCUGCUACUCCAUAUAUACACAGAUGAACAUACAGCAAUUGAUUUGAUGUCACUAAUUAACUGUUACUUAAGAGUUUGUAAACAAAAUUAAUAUAUUUGGAUAAAAAUCACGAGCAAAGUGUUAAUCUGUCACUAAGAGAGAUUUGCCUACUAAUUUUUUGCCAUGUUUUGGGCUAGAAUCAUGCUGAUUUUUAACUCACAUCUCCAAUAAACCAAAUGCCAUCA